CUCUUCAUUGCUCUGCCAACCCCACGCCCCCUCUCUUAAAUACAUCCUUCCUGAAAUUCUCCUCCAGGCUCCCACCAGAAUAUCAGUAUUACUCAUAGUAACGCUUUCUGCUCCUUUUCUUCAUUUCUUCCUUUUUGUGCUGUACUUUCUUCGCUUUGUGUAGAGAGAGAGAGAUAGACCGAAGAUGCGUAUGAGCUGCAAUGGGUGCCGGGUCCUUCGCAAGGGUUGUAGUGAAAAUUGCAGUAUAAGACCUUGUUUGCAGUGGAUCAAGAGUCCUGAGUCCCAAGCCAACGCUACCGUCUUCCUUGCCAAGUUCUACGGCCGCGCUGGCCUUAUGAACCUCAUCAACGCUGGCCCUGAACAACUCCGACCUGCGAUUUUCAGGUCUUUGCUAUAUGAGGCAUGUGGGAGGAUGGUGAACCCCAUUUAUGGGUCGGUUGGGUUGUUAUGGUCCGGGAGCUGGCAGCUCUGCCAAACCGCCGUGGAGGCCGUGCUAAAGGGAUCGCCAAUUACGACGAUCACCUCCGAGGCAGCGGCAAGCGACCACGGACCGCCCCUCAAGGCCUACGACAUUCGUCAUGUGUCCAAGGACGAGAACUCGGCCGCAUCCAGCGAUCCCCACCGAGUCAAGAGCCGGUGCCGUUUCAAGCGCUCCGUGAUCAAACCGAGAGCCAGCAAGGUCGUGCUCGGCGCUGUUGACGACUCGUCACGGGACGCGAAGCUCAAGUGGGAUGUUGGGUGCUGUGGACAGGAGUUGAACGGUUUGAACGGGUCGACCAGUCACGAGUCGUCGCUGAGCCACCAGUCGUCUCUGGCCCCGAACGUGGAGGGCGAGAGCAAGGAUACCGAGAGCAUGACCUCCGUUGAGACGGUGGAGGACUCGGUCUUGUUCCUAACCGAGCCGGAGUCCAUCCCGGAGCCCAAUGAGCAAAAUCAGGAAAGCGAGAUACCUCUGGAGCUGACCCUGGGAUUCGUGCCGGUGUCGCAAACCAACCUCGUGGUUCCAGUGAAGAAGAGAAAGGUGGAGUCUUGUGCUAGUGGCUCGACGGGUUUCGGCGCAUGUAAGAUGGAGCUGGGGCUCAAUUACCGCGGCUUAAUUCAGUGAAGCCCAAGUAAUGUAAAAAAAGGAGUCAAAGUCCAGUUUUGACGGUUCAGAUCGGCAUUGUCCAUUUCCCAUACAAGAGAUCAUGACCCUUCGUUUUUUGUUUUAUUUUUUAUUUUUAAAUUUAUUUCUCUUGGGUUUUAGUUUUGCUGUUGGGUCUUUCCUUUCUUUACCAUAUGCGAUGGAGGUGUAUAAAUGUGGGUUCGCAAAUAUAGAAGUGUUAAUGGAACAGAGGGAAGUAUAUCUUGGUGACAUC